CUUUCCGGCCUCUUUAAUCGGCCAUCUUGACACAGCCCAAGUAUGGGGCGUGUAAUUAGAAGUCAGCGUAAGGGUCCUGGAAGUGUUUUCAAGGCCCACACUAAGAACAGGAAAGGAGCUGCAAGGCUCAGGCCAGUUGACUUUGCUGAAAGACAUGGAUACAUCAAAGGAGUCGUGAAGGAUAUCAUUCACGAUGCAGGCCGUGGUGCUCCCCUGGCCAAGGUUGUCUUCAGGGACCCCUACAAGUAUAAACUGAGACAAGAGACCUUCAUUGCCUGUGAGGGCAUGUACACUGGACAGUUUGUGUACUGUGGAAAGAAAGCUGUUCUCCAGAUAGGCAAUGUCCUCCCUAUCGGGUCCAUGCCUGAGGGAACCGUCAUCUGCAAUGUAGAGGAGAAAGCUGGUGACCGCGGCAGGCUGGCCCGAGCUUCAGGAAACUACGCCACCGUCGUCUCACACAACCAUGAAACAAAGAAGAGUCGUGUGAAGCUUCCAUCAGGGUCCAAGAAGGUGGUACCUUCAGCAAAUAGGGCUAUGGUUGGUAUCGUCGCUGGAGGAGGUCGUAUAGACAAACCCAUGCUGAAAGCUGGGCGAGCAUACCACAAAUACAAGGCCAAGAGAAACUGCUGGCCUAAGGUCCGCGGUGUGGCUAUGAACCCUGUUGAACAUCCUCACGGUGGUGGUAACCAUCAGCAUAUUGGUAAGGCAUCCACAGUCAGGAGGGACGCAUCCGCUGGUAAAAAGGUCGGUCUCAUUGCAGCCAGACGUACUGGUCGUAUCAGGGGUACCAAGCAAAUUACCGGCAAGGAAAACAAGAAAGAAUAAUUGCUUGAAAUGCAACAUCAGAAACUGUGAAAUUAUUGCGUACAUUAUUACAGUGACAGAAGAGAAUUUUGUCAUAUUUAAAAAGAAAAAAAGAAAAAUUAAAUGGUUUAUACUGGAA